GCCCUGUUUCUCUCUCUGUAGUUCUCUUUUCUCUGGUUUUGGUAACUUUCUUUUUAAGUAGUGAUUUAUAUAUGGUGAUUUAAGAAAGAAACUGAAAUUGGAAAGCCGAACACAGAGAAAGAAAAAACAGAAGAAAAAAAAAAAGAGAAAAAAAAAAAAGAAAAAAGAAAAAACAGAGCACGGUGAAGAGAGAGAAAGUGGUAAGAGGGAACGGGGUGAGAGAGAGAGAGAGAGAGAGUUUGUCGUACUUUUUAAACUUGCAGGUUUUUUUUUUUUUGGAGUAUUGUGUCGGGGGGGUCUUAUUUUUCUUGGAAGGAGUUGUAUUCAAAUUUUUUUUUUUCUUUUUUGGGGUUUUUAAUCUUUACAAGGUAUAGAAUUGUAUAAUUAAAUGUUUCCUGACUGAGAGGGAUCAAAAGGGUGAAGGUUAAGAUUUCCUUUACAUAUAUUAUAUAUAUAUAUUCACACACACACUUCGAAAGCUCUGUUGUAUAUAUAUAGGAACAGCCUACUUGAGAGAAACCAAAAGAGCUUUUUGACAUAGCAGAUCCUCACGAAUCCUCAGAAAUUGAAAUGGAGGCAAACAUGAGCUUCUCGCAUGAUAUGGAUGAUGAGUAUGACAAAUUCAUCCGGAGAAUGAAUGCACCAAGAGUUGUGAUUGAUAAUGAAUCCUGCAAGAAUGCUACAGUGAUAAGAGUUGAUAGUCUAAACAAACAAGGAAUACUUCUUGAAGUUGUACAAGUACUUACUGAUCUUAACCUUAUCAUAACUAAAGCUUACAUAUGUUCUGAUGGGGGUUGGUUCAUGGACGUUUUUAAUGUCACUGAUCAAGAUGGAAACAAGGUCACUGAUGAAGGGCUUUUGAAAUACCUUCAAAAAUCUCUUGGACCUGAAUCUUUGUUUUUCACAUCUUCAAUGAGAUCUGUUGGUGUUAAACAAUCAAUGGACCACACCGCAAUCGAGCUCACCGGAAGUGAUAGGCCAGGACUACUUUCCGAAGUAAGUGCUGUACUAACCAAUCUUAAAUGCAAUGUAGUGAGUGCUGAAGUUUGGACACACAACACAAGGGCUGCAGCUGUUAUGCAAGUGACAGAUGAGGAAACGGGGUCAGCGAUUACUGACCCCGAAAGGCUAUCCAGGAUCAAGGAAUUACUAUGCAAUGUACUUAAAAGCAGCAAUAAAUACCGGGGAGCUAAGACUGUUGUCUCACAUGGAGUUACACACACCGAGAGACGGCUUCACCAGAUGAUGUUUGCUGAUAGGGACUAUGAACGUUCCGGUGAUGAUAUUUUGGAUGAGAAGCAAAGACCAAAUGUCAGUGUUGUUAAUUGGUUUGACAAAGAUUACUCAGUUGUUACUAUUAGAUGCAAAGAUAGGCCCAAGCUUCUCUUCGAUACGGUUUGCACUUUGACAGAUAUGCAGUAUGUGGUUUUUCAUGCAAAUAUUGAUACUGAGGGUCCUCAAUCUUAUCAGGAAUACUACAUCAGGCAUAUAGAUGGGUCCCCUGUAAAAUCAGAUGCAGAAAGACAAAGAGUAAUACAAUGUCUGGAAGCAGCCAUUGAGAGAAGAGUGUCAGAGGGAUUGAAACUAGAACUCUGUACCACUGACAGAGUUGGGCUGCUAUCCGAUGUCACUCGUAUCUUUAGAGAAAAUAGCCUCACUGUAACCCGAGCAGAAGUGACAACCAAAGGGGGGAAAGCUGUUAAUACGUUCUACGUUCGCGAUGCAUCUGGUUAUCCAGUUGAUUCCAAGACCAUUGAUUCAAUCCGGCAAGUAAUUGGUCAGACUAUACUGAAGGUGAAAGGCAACCCUGAUGAACUAAAACCUGUUUCUCAAGAAUCUCCAACCAGGUUCCUCUUCGGCGGUCUCUUCAAGUCUAGAUCGUUUGUUAAUUUCGGUUUGGUUAGAUCCUAUUCUUGAGAAGAAAAGGAUAAAAAUGAUCAUAGUUUCACUUCCCUUGUACAUUGAAUCUUUCCUACCCUAGCUUCAAAAAUCCACCAUAAAUUUAGACCCUUUUAGUGGGAUUUUAGAGAGACUUUAGGUACACUAUCAUCUCUUAGAAAGGAAAACAACAAAAUGAAGAGCUUGUACAUACCGCCUACCUAUUUGCACCUAGUUUGAUCCUUAAAUUGUUGUGAUCCAACAUGAAGUUGGAGUCAUUAGAGCCAGAAGAGAUACGUCAAUUAUGUUGUGGUAAUUGAAAAUAUUAAAUAUAAAAAAAAAAGAAAAAAAAGGAAUCAAUUUGAAGCAUUGUA